AUGGCCAACAACAGUGUUCACGAACGAAUACUUCACAUUUGUCAAUUAUUAAAGGAAAAUAAGUUGGAUGGAGCAGCUGAAUUGUUAGCAUCGAUCACUGCGGGUGAAACGUUACUCCUACCUGAAUCUAUACCAUCAUGGAUUAUAAUCGAGCAAACUGCAUGUCAACUUUUGCAAAAUUCUCUGCAUGACAGUGUGGAAAAUGGGCAACGUAGUUUAAAGUUCAUCAAACAAAUAGGACUGUUCAACUACCAGCUUGCUCUCAUAUAUACAGAUGAUGUACAACAAACUCGUUUGCACAAUCAAGUUUUGUUUGAUCCGAAAGUUAUACGGAUUCUCGUCGAGAUUGUCAAUACACUUUUACAAAAUGAUAAUCUUCAUCAUCAUGAUUUUAUUCUGAUCUUAUGUAAAUGGCUCGAAGCUAUCGGGCAUUUCGUUCAUCGGCACGAUAACUUGUCUACUGAAACACUUCAAUCUCUUCGUCAAUCGGUUCUCUCAUGCGUACUAUCAGAUUGGUAUAAAACAUAUUUAAAACUAUCGGUCGAAAUCAAUAUUCCCGCUCGUAUGUUCUUCAUUCGUACAUGUUCUUUCUUAACAGGAAUAUUUCAAUGUGCUCAACUAUCAUUCGAAAAUGCCUUGAAGACAGCACAGUCCUAUCAAAUUGUACUUCCGGUCGGUGAACAGAUCUUCGAUAAAAAUCUAUCCGACUUUCGUCAAUAUUUAUCUCAAAAGAAUAACAUCGAGAAUGACAGUGCAUGUUUAACAGGCGUAUGUCUGCUCAUUACUAACUGUUACAAACAUGAAGCAUUUCGCGAUGAUCAUGAGUACUUCUCUAUCCUUCUUUCGUUACUUAAAUCAAAUUUUGUUCGAACAGGACUUUUACCGAGUUGGACAAACGACAGUACCAUCCUUGCGGAUACCCUCAUGGUACAAUUGAAGAACGCAACACUUGUUCAUAAUCAUACGAUUCAAAUUAAUAUUGCUGCAUCGAAUAGCUAUUUUGAUUAUCUCAUCUCUAUUAGCGAUGAGUAUAAUAUUAUUUAUGAUAUUCUUUGGACAUUGUCAUUUAAUAAUGUAUUUCAUUCAAAGUUUUGUGUCUAUGAAGCGUUUUUGAAACGAUUAAAAGCUUUUGCUGAUCAACCAAAACAAUUUCCAGAUGCAGAUGUCGCGCAGGCAGCAGAAGGCAUAUUGUGGAACAUAACUGAUCGAAAUCGAGUCAUUGCAUUACCCAACCAACGUGACGAUGUUAAGCCAAAAGAAAAACCACCUGUUUCUGUGAACUCCCAAUAUGAUUUAAUGCUUAGUUACUGUUGGACAGAAAAGACCAUUUGUAAAAAGAUUUUUCAACAACUGAUUAGCAAAGGCUUUCGUGUGUGGUUUGACGAGAAAGACAUGCAUGGCCGUUCUUGUUCGGCGAUGGCACAUGCAAUUGAAAACUCCCAAUGUAUAGUCAUAUGUAUGAGUGAAAAUUACGAGAAUAGUAAUGCCUGUCAUCACGAAGCAGAAUAUGCCUAUGUUCGCCAAUGUCUUCAAUAUUACAAAGGUGCAGCUUUACUCUGGCACUUGGAACAGAAUAUUGUCAGUUCGGAAUCGAAAUUUGAUGAAUUCCUUCGCUCUUAUAUCAUAAAAUUCGGUGGAAAAAUUUUGAAUACGGAUGAUUUUAUUGCAUACUUUCAAUCGUACUUUCCGCAAGCACCACCUGUGGAUUGGCAAUCAUGGCUCUAUACUCCCGGUAUGCCUCCUGUCACUCACGACUUUUCAACUCAACUCGAAGAACAAUGUCGGCAAUUAGCUGCCCAACAAACAUUCAUAACAAAAGGUCAAUUGGAUGCUCUAAAUGCCAAGCAAGUUGCCUAUUUGUUAAAUCUUCUUUUAAACAAACAAUCGGCGAUAACGUAUGACUAUAUCAAACAAAUGGAUGUCGAGUGUGACAUGUCGAAGUAUUCCAACUGCGAAAUUCGUUUUCGUUGGUAUCAAUUAUGCAUUCGAGUGAAAUACGAGAAACCUCUGGAUGAUAUAUUCAAAUUUCUGGAAAUUAUUGGUCGUAUGAAGUUUGUUAAACCAUUAUAUUCGGAGUUCAAAGCCUCAUGGGCAGAAAUGAUUCCGCGUGUACGAGCUUUCUUCGACGAACAUAAGCAGUUUAUGAAUCCAAUCACAGCCAAACAAAUUGAAGCACGAUUGAAUGCGAAUAAUUAA